AUGUCUCUUACGAUUAGUGCCGAGACACCACCAGCUCAGCUCUUCAACCUCAAGACUGAAGAUAGUCUUCGUCUUCUCUGGCGGGAGCUCACAGGUUCUGCACCAAAGACUCUGUACGAGUUCUUUCCUCGAAAAGUUGCGACUGCUUUCUUCAAGUCCUUCGACGAAGCUUUUCCGUCUCUCAAGGAGAGCAGCGUUGCAGAACAGCUCGAGCAGCGUCCCGCCACCUUCGUGAUCACUGGAGGCCGCCGUGACUCUUAUCGAGAUGUACUUGAAUGGGCUCUGUCUUGCUGUAAUGGCGGCAAAAUCCGUAAUUUCCAGUUCAUAGCCCUCCACCAAUUCUACAACUAUUCGAUGGCAUACUUGGCGGCCCGUCACCUUGGGAUCGAUUUCCUCGAGACACAAUUGAUGCAACGCCUUGUGAACAUUGCUGGACGACAAGUUCACUUAGAGGACGUCGAGUUGAUCUUCUCAAUGAUCGAAGGACCUCAUGAGCUCAAAGAUAUGGUAUGUCAGAGCAUUGGUACAGCAAUCUGGGAGAGACGACUUCAUCACCGUGGCUUCUACGACAAGCUGCGUCGUACCGAAGGCUUCGAGGAGUUUGAACAGGGUCUUAGCGAGGUUAUCGAGGGGUUGAAGGCAGCGAAGAAGUCAUCUCCGGAACAUAUGGCGAUUAUUGCAGAGAAGAAGGAACAAGCAAAGAGGAUGAAGUGGCGUCUUGAAGAACAGGAGAAGCGGCAGACAGCUCGAGACGUUGCCAACAAGUACAAAGUCAAGCCUUCUGCUGUGACGGUUCGCGGUACGCAGGGCUACACUAUCAGCACGGAGGGCCGGGUUGCCAAUCGAAGCAAUAACGCCUGCCAGCGGCGGGUGGCUGUACCUCACACCAAUCGUGAAAUCACUUCCGAGAGCUUCCGUGCACCGUUGCCUGAUUUUGGAUCGGCUGCUCCAGGUCCUACUCCGAAAUCUACCUCGAAGUCCCAAAGCAGCAAGAAGACGAAAUCUAAAGAGACUGUGUCGAUGCAGGCCAAUAGCGAUCAGGCCAACUCUUCAACGGCAGCACCUUCAUAG